AUGGAACCUUCCCUCGUCAACGACGCCACAUUCUCUGCCUCUAACCCGUCCUUGUCCGAGAUUUGGCCCUCGCAUUUCCCCUCCACCAACAAGAGACCCUCUUCUCUUCUGCUUCACACUCACAAUCUCUCUCCCAACAAUGAUAAACACGUUAAGUUAUCACCACCCUCACUUACACAUCAAAACGCUCCGUUCCAGGCGCCUCAACCCGACGCCACUUCCGUAGCCGCUGACAAGUCACCCCUUCAAACUCCCAAACCCAAGCCGGACUACAUACACGUGCGAGCCAGAAGAGGCCAAGCCACCGAUAGCCACAGUCUCGCCGAAAGAGCUAGAAGGGAAAAGAUCAGUGAGAGGAUGAAAAUUCUUCAAGAUUUAGUCCCCGGGUGUAGCAAGGUAAUUGGUAAAGCGCUUGUCCUGGAUGAGAUAAUUAAUUAUAUCCAGUCAUUGCAGCGUCAGGUUGAGUUCCUUUCAAUGAAGCUUGAGGCAGUUAAUUCACGAUUGAGUAUGAGCCCUUCUAUUGAAUGUUUUCCUUCAAAAGAAGUUGCAACUCAGCCAUUCGACCUUUCCGGAAUAAUAUUUGGAUCACAACCGGCCAGGGGAUAUGCUCAAGGUUCACAACCUGGAUGGCUGCAUAUGCAAAUAACUGGUGGUUCAAGGGAGAUUCAUUGA